AUGGCUUCGCGCUGUCAUCUUUUUUGGACGCUUCUUUGCCUUGUAAUAUUGGAAGGAUUAUUUAUAGGGACAAUAACAAAGUGGACUUCACUUUUAGAAGCACCAAACUCUAGAAAAAAAGAAACUCUUUAUGUGAAUUCACCUGGGGUGAAUUCAGCUUAUCUUUUUCAAAGGGGACGACCUGGAAACAUCCUUCUCUUUGUGGCGAUUCUAACGCACGCGUCCCGUAGAGCAAGACGGGACGCCAUUCGGGAUACGUGGUUUACUGAAUGUAAACGCAGACCAGACGAGGUUUUCUGUGCGUUCUUUACUGACCAAGCAGGCUUGGAAAACGAAACGAAAAAUGCUAUUUUACAGGAACAAGAAGAAAAAAACGACUUGAUUUUUCUUCAAGUGGAAGAUAAUCUUGCCUUCACCGAAAGAUUGCUUCAGGCAAUGGAAUGGGCCUUAAAAAGUCACAAGUUCGAUUUCUUUCUGCGCAUAGAUGACGACCAUUUUCUCUGCCUGGAUCGCCUUCUGUAUGAAUUGAAUUUCCGUCCCAAGGAAGCAUUGUAUUGGGGCUUUGUGCAUUGUAAACCAAAAAUAGUCCGCGUGGAUGAAGCAUGGCUUCUUCUCACGUACGACUUGAUCCAAGAGGUUCUUGAUAAGAGAAACAGUACUCUUCUUUGCUCGCCCUACGGCGAUCAGGCCGCAGCGCUAUGGAUGAUGGAGAGCAAGAAGAACGUUACUUAUUUCAUGGAUAAUCAAAGAAUUGUGCACAAAAGCGCCGGAAAAGAUCAGAGAUUUUUACUCGAUAAGAACGUCUGCCAAAAGUACUUGAGUCUUCAUGGCUCGUAUCCUAGAUCUAUGAGACAAUUGUGGCUGUCUUCUUUUGUAUUGCGCAAGAAAGCCUCAUUAUCUGCGCCGUAUAAUAUCACUGAAAUAGAACCGUUUGCAAAGUUGUGCCGCCAUCCCCCUGUUUUUGACUAUAAAGGGUUCUUCCCUGAGUAUAGGUUCGAGCCCAAGCCGUGCUCGGAAAACCCCAAGUGGUCUAUUUCCAGGAAACCUCAUGUGGGCCGAGAAGAAGCUGGUGAAAGAUACUCAAAGUAUAAAAAAUGAUAAAGUUCCUUUUUUCGAAUUCUUCGAAAAUCCACAUCGGACCGCUGUAGGGGAUGAAACGGUAGUGACGAAUCUUAAACACGAAGGCGCGCUAUAUAA